AUGAAUUAACAAUAUCUCUAAAUACCCAUGGCAUAAAGUAGAUAAUCAUUUGUUAAUGAUAAAUACUAAAGUAAUUCAGGAAUAAUUUCAAGUGGUGAGAAAUAAAAUCAAUAAUAAAUAAGAAAUUUCAUUGAAAUUAAUUAAAGCACUAAGAAGAGUACACUAUUUGAAGAUAAGUAAAUAAAUAAUAAAUAUUGAAAGACGAUAUGAGGAGUUAUUACAAGACAAUAAGAAAUUAAAAGAAGUUAUUGAACAAUUAGACAAGGACAAUUAGUAAUUAAAGUAAAUGUCUGGAGAAAGUUAUAACUUAAGAUAAAAAUAUAUGAUAAAUCAAGCAGAGUUAGAAGCAUCUUAAUAAGAAUUAGCGAAGCUUCGAUCUCAAUUACUAAUGAGAAAUUCAUCAGAUGCAGAAUAAUCAAGUUUAGUAACGAGAUAUAAGCAAGAUAUUUCUUCAUUAACUUAGCAAUAAAUUAAAUAUUAAUAAGGUAAUUGAUUUCCAUUUAAAUAGUUUAGAUAUUACUUAAUUAAAUGCCAUGUUGGAAGAAUAGAGAAAAUAAGUAGAAGAGUUCUUAAGAAUGAAAAAUAAAUAUGAACAAGAUAUAUAAACUUAUAAAAAUAGGACAUCUACUUUAGAGUUAGAAGUUAGAAAUGUCAAAGAAUAAAGGAACUCUAAUACUUAAAGUGAAAUAACAAGAUUAAUGUAGGAAAUUGCUAGAUAUUAAUCAGAAGCUUAAUAUAGAACAACAGAUAAGGAUUUGUAUGAAAGAACUAUUUAAACAUUAAAAGAUAAAAUAAAAGAAAUGGAUAAUGAUAUUUAAAUAUUGAUUGAAGCACAUAAUUAGAACUAAAUGAAAUUAGAAUCAGCAAUGGCAGAAUCAAAAGGUAAUAUGUAGUAUGAAAUUGAUUAAUUAAAAUAAGAACUCAAUUUCUAUUAAGCUUAAUGCAGAUAAUGGUAAGAAAAAUGUCAAACAUUUGAAUUAUAGAAAGAAGAAAGUGAAAGAAGAAUCAUUUAAAUGGAAAUCAGAGUCAAUGAAACCAAAAAAUAAAUAGAAUUAUAAUAAAGUGAUAAAAUUUAAAGAGAUAAUUAACAACUUCAUACAAUUUAAAAUGAAUUAGAAAAUUGGAAAUAAAAAUAUAUUUAAUUAGAAAUUAAAACUAAAGAUACUGAUAAUUAUAAACAUAAGAUUAAAUAAUUAGAAGAAUAUAAUAGUUAAUUAAAAAUAGAAAAUGAAUAAGUAAAAGAAGAAAUGGAUAUUUUGGUAUCUGAAUUUAAAUAAAUUCAAGAAUAAAAUAAUCGAUAUAGAUUAAGUAUUACAUAAUUUGAAAAGUAAAAUAAAAAUACAUAAGAAUCUGAUAGAUAAAAAUUACAAAUUAAUUAAUUCAACUAAUAAAUCAAUACUUAUAAGAUUGAAAUUAAAGAAUUAGAAGAUUAAAUCAUAUAUCAUUAAAAUAGAGCAUAUGAUUUUGAAUAAUAAUUGAGAGAGAAAGAUGACAAUAUUUCUAAACUAUAACAUAAAAUAAUUAAUAUGGAAAAAGAUCUUAGAAUAUUAUUUGAAGAUUAAUUGAAAAUUGAAAAAUAAGAUUGGGAACGAAAUAAUUUAUAAUAAAUUGAAGAUUAAAUAUAAAAAUAUUCAUAAAAAUACGAGAGAGAGAUUUCUACAUUAAAAUAACAUAUUUAAUCAUUGGAAGUAGAAAAUUAAUCAUUAUCGAAAUAAUAUGAAAGAUUAAAAAGAGAUAAUGAAACAAAUUAUUAGAGAUUAUCUCAAAAAGAAUAAUCAAAAAUUUUAGAAUUAGAAAGAUAAAUUUAUUAACUUGAAACUUAGAUUGCUGCUUAAUAAAAAGAAUUUAAAUUAAAAAUUGAAUAAGCAAAUAAAGAAACAUCAUAAAAUGAAUAUUAUGAAACUUAAAUUAAGUAAUUGAAUGAAAGAUUAUUGAAAGAACAAUAGCUAAUAAAAUAACUUAAUAAUCAAUUAUAAAAUGAAUCUUUAAAAGUGUAUGAAAUUGAAUCUAAAUAUUCUAAAGAUGUAAGAGAAAUUAGAUAGUAAUAAGAAAAAUAAAUUGAAAUUCAUUAAAAUGCUUAAUAUUAAUUUGAAGUUGAAAGUCAUUAAAAGGAGAUUGAAAAGAUAAGAAGAGAAUAUAGAUAACUUGAACAAUUUUCUCAAGAAAUUGAAGUUUAAGUAAAAUUAUGGAAAGAGAAAUUCUAUGAUGAAUAAUUAAAGCAUUAGGAAGCUAGAUAAUUAUUGAUUGACAUUAAAACAUAAUAUGAAUCUCAUACUUAUGUUCAUACUUAAAACGAAUAAGAUUAACAUAGAAUUCAAUUACUAGAAUAAGAAUUAAUUGAAAUGUAAGAAGAAAUUCGAGUACUUAAAAUUAGAGAAUAAACUUAUUAGGAAUAAAUAACGACAUAUUAAAUUACUGUAGAAAAUACUAAAUCAAAUUAAGAUCAAUCUAGAAAAAUUAAAUAAUUCGAACUUGAUAUUGAGAGUUUGAGAAUAAAGUGUAGAGAUUUGGAAAAAUAAUUAUUAGAUAAAAGAAAUGAAUAUAAUUCAUUAAAGAGUGAAUGGGAAGUUGAUAAAUAAAAAAUUAGUGAAUUAAGGGCUUCAAAUGAAGUACUUUUAAAAAAAAAGUAAGAAAUUGUUAAAGAAAUAAUAGAAACUCCUUCAAAAUAAGAUAAAUAAAAAAUAUAAGAUUUAGAAUAAUAAUUAUACUUACUAAAUUUGUAAUUGAAAUAAAUUUCCACAUCUAAACAAGAAGUAAUUAGAGAAACUAUUAGAGAAACUGUAUAAGUACGAAGUUAAGAAGAUAUAAAAUUAAUUGCUAGUUUAGAGGAAGAGUUAUAAUUAUGGAAAACUAAAUAUUAUGAAUUAGAUAGAAGGAAGAAUUAAGUUGUUGUAGAAACUAUUAGAGAGGUUUAAUCAUUAGAAAGUGAUAAAAUAAAAAUAUAAGAAUUAGAGCAUUAAAUAAAAUAAUCAUCUGCAAAAAAAUAAGAAAUUAUUCGAGAAUAUAUAACAGAAACUGUUGAAGUUCCUCUUGAAGAAGAUUAAAUAAGAAUUUAAUAGUUAGAAUAAGAAAUACACUUUUUGAAAGAAUAAAUCUAUGAAUUAAAUUAGAAGAAGUAAGAAGUUAUAACAUAGCAAAUAACAGUUGAGGUGCCAUCUUAAGCUGAUAAGAUAAAAAUAUAAUCUUUAGAAUCUCAAUUAGCUUAAUUAAAAACAGAAUUCUAGUAUUUAGCAAAAAGUAAAUAGGAAGUUAUAAGAGAAGUAAUUACUGAAAGAAUUGAAGUUCCAUCAGAGUCUGACAAAUUGAAAAUCUCAUAAUUAUAAGAAUAACUUUAACGUUUAAAGAAAGACUAUCAAUAUUUAGAAUAGAAAAAAUAAGAAAUUAUUAAAGAAACUAUUACUGUUGAGGUUCCUUCUUAAGCUGAUAGAUAAAAAAUUUAACAAUUAGAAUAUUAAUUAACACAAUUAAGAAAAGAAUUGCAAAUAGUUUCAUCUUAAAAAUAAGAGAUUAUAACUGAGUAUAUCACUGAGAGAGUUGAAGUUCCUUUAGAAUCUGAUAGAAUAAGAAUUUAAUAGUUAGAAGAUUAAUUAUAAAAAUUAUAAAAAGAUUAUUAGUUAUUAAAUUUAAAGAAACAAGAAAUAAUAAAAGAAACAAUCACAGUAGAAAUUCCUUAAUAAUCAGAUAAAAUAAAAAUACAAUAACUUGAAUCAUUAGUAUAUUAAUUAAAAUAAGAAAUUGAGAUUAUUUCAAAAUAAAAAUAAGAAGUAAUAAGAGAAAUAAUUACAGAAACUGUUGAAAUACCAUCAAAGCAAGAUAAAAUAAAAAUCUAAUAAUUAGAAGAUGAAUUAUAAAGAUUAAAUGAAGAUUAUUAUUAACUUAGUUAAAAGAAAUAAUAAAUCAUUAAAGAAACAGUAACAGUAGAGGUUUCUUCUUAAGCAGAUAAAUUCAAAAUAUAAUAAUUAGAAUCAUAUGUAUAGAAAUUAAAGUCAGAAAUUUAAAUAAUUUAAUAAUAAAAACAAGAAGUGAUAAGAGAAAUAAUUACAGAAACAAUUGAAGUACCAAAUGAAUAAGAUAAAGUUAGAAUAAAAUAAUUAGAAGAUUAAUUUUCAUAAUUAUAAAGAGAUUACAACUAAUUGAAUUAAAAGAAAUAAGAGAUCAUAAGGGAAACUGUAACAGUUGAAGUUUCUUCAUAGGCUGAUAAAUAUCGAAUUUCAUAAUUGGAAUAGUCAUUAAUACAAUUAAAAAAUGAGUACUUAAAUUUACAAAAUAAUUAUGAAAUCCUAAAUAUGAAAAAAUAAGAGGUAAAAACAGAAAGAAUAGAAGUUUCUUCGUCAGUAGACAAAUAAAGAAUUGCAUAAUUAGAAUCAUAAUUAAGUAAUUUAACUUUGGAAUUAUAAAUAAUUUCAAAAAAAAAAUAAGAAACUAUUCGAGAAGUAAUAACAGAGAGAAUAGAAGUUCCUAAAGAAUCUGAUAAAAGAAGAAUUAUUGAAUUAGAGUAAGAUUUAAAUAAAUUGCAAUAAGAUUAUAUUGCAUUAAAUAAGAUAAAAUAAGAAGUAAUAAAAGAAACAUACACAGUUGAGGUUCCUUCAUAGGCUGAUAAAUUUAGAAUUUAAUAAUUAGAGAUGUAGCUUUCAUAAAUAAAAAGUGAAUAUUAGAUUUUAUAAUCUCGAAAAUAAGAAAUUGUUCGAGAAAUAGUAGAAGUACCUAUAGAGUCUGAUAAAAUUAAAAUAAAAUAAUUGGAAUAAUAACUUAAUACUUUAUAAUAAGAAUUUUUUAUUUUGAAUUAAAAGAAAUAAGAAGUAAUAAAAGAAACUAUAACUAUUGAGGUUCCUUCCGAAGCAGAUUAAUAUCGUAUUAGAUAAUUAGAGUAGUAAUUAUCUACUUUAAGAGAUAAUAUUACUAUCAUUCAAAAAUAAAAAUAAGAGGUAUAAAUUGUAAAGGAAACCAUACAAGUUAGUAAAUAAGAAGACUUAUUGAAGAUUUAAAGUUUAGAAAGGUAAUAGCUUUAAUAAUAAAAAUAAAUUGAAAUUUAUGAAAAGCAGCUCAAAGAAUAUUAGAAUUCAUACUUUGAAUUAGAAUAAGAAAUAAAAACUUUAAAGUUAUAAUUAAAAAAUUCUUAAAAGCAGAAUUAGGAUACUUAAGAAUAGUUAACUUAGUUUUAAUUAAAAAUAGAUGAAGGAUAAAAGUAAAAAUAAAUUCUUUUAUAAUAUGAAAGAAGGGAAUAAGACUUUUAAGAAUAAAUUAGAAUAUUAGAAAAAAAAAAUUAAGAAUUAAGACAAGAAAGAGAAAGAUAUGCUGAACAAGAAUUGAAAUUUAAUUAUUUUAAAGAAGAAUAAUUUUAAAAUGAAAAAUUAAUAGAAAGGUUAAAAUUAGAAAUCUAAUCAUAAAAGAAAUAAUAUGAAGAAAAAAUCAAUCUUCAAGAAGUCUAAUUUAAAAAAGAAAUAGCGAAUGUUUAAUCUUAGUAAUUAAAUAGCAUAAAUUAAGAGUUGCAAUAUUUAGAAAAUUCUAAAAAUAGAGAAAUUAAAGAAAAUAAAUAAUAGAUAGAAUUAUUAUAGAAAGAAAAUUAAAAAAUGAUAGAUUUAAUGAGAAAUAAAAAUGAAGAAAAUGAAUAAUGGAAGAGAAAAUUUAUAGCUUUAUCAACUGAAGUUAGUACUACUUCUGGAGAAAUUGAAUCAAUAAGAUUGUAAUUGAAAUCUUCAGAAUAAAGCAGAGAUACAAUUAAAGCUGAAUUAGAUAGAGUAAACAAGAUGUAUUUUUAAUGUUAAAAUGAAUUAACAUAGAGUAAAUCAAAAUAUAAUGAACUUGAAUUAAAAUUAAGAUAAUUAAAUCGUGAAAAUUAAGAUUAUUAAGAUAGAUAUUAAUAGAUAGAUUUUGAAAAAUUAAAUAGGUUAGAAUUAGAAAAUAAAAGAAAAACAGAACAAAUAUAGUAACUAGAAAUAUAAGUUAGAAAAAUAGAAAAUGAUAAAAAGGUAUCAACAACAAAUGAAGUGAAAACUAGAGAGUUAAUAAACUAAUUAUAAUCUAAGGAAUUUGAAAUCGUUUAAUUGAAUGAAAUGAUUCAAGAAUUAUCAACAAAAAUUAGGUAAUUAAAAAUUGAGCAUGAAGCUAUUUUAGAAUAAUCAAACAAACAAUAAAUCAUCAUUAGAGAAACUUAAAAGUAAUUAAUAAUUAUAUACUAAGUAAUUAACGACUUGUAGAGUUAGAAACAAGAAUUGAAGGUUUGAAUGCUGAAAUUUAAAGAUAAAGGAUGCUGAAAGAGUAAAUUUAAUCGAAGCAUGAUAAAUUAAUUGAAAGAGUAAUAAUUUUAUUUUAUAAAUAGGCAACAGAAUAUGAAUCUGAAAUUAAUAUGCUUAGAAAUGAGCUGGCUAAAACUUAAAGAAGAUUGAGCUCAAAUAAUACUAAUAAUACAUAAUUUGUAUAGAAAACUUUUGAGAUAUAAAGGGUUGGAGAAACAAUUAAUAAUUAAACAGGAUUAGUAUCAGGUUUUAACUUAGAAGAUUCUAAAAAAAUUAAAUCUAUAGUAAAUACUGCUUAAUAAAGAUCUGAUAUCUCUAAUUAUAAUUCAGGAGUAAAAGAAUCUUAAUAAUCUGUUAAAUCCUUUUCAUAAGCUUAAUAAUUUAAUCCCUUAAGAUCUGAUGUAUAUAUUAUUAUAAAUAGUUAGAUAAUCAAAUAAAAAGUCUAAUAUUUUAGAAAUGAAGAAUACCAAAGUAAAUGA